AAAAAACAAUACAGAUUAAGGCACUGAUUGGUCAUACUAAUCGUAGGCGUACUGAUACUAAUAUUCUUAGCGUCAAAUACUAGGUUAUAAUUACUGAACUAAACGGUAAGAAUCAUAAUUCGAUUAGCCACUAACAAAAGGCAGAAUUUAGUGCUACGAUGCUUUUAAUUCGGUCUGCAAGGUUUUAAUGCAUCAGACGAUCCGAACAUCAUGUAACAUAAUUACGAAUGCGUGUUCAAAAGCACGCAUUACUCUCAAAUAAAAAUACAUAUCAUAGCCUUGCAUACAAAAGACAGUGAUUAAGAAACGCCAAGUCCUAGGGAAUUUGUGUUUAAUGGCUGAACAGUACCGACCACUAUUUAAAUAAACCAAAUCAUUACCUGUUAUCUCUGAACAGAAAUGCAAAUAUGUAUUUAUCAAGUAACGAUCUCCCACUUCAUUUCUACACCAAAGUUCUUUGUUCUAUAAAUUAAUUAUUAGACAUUCCGAUACGAAAGACAAAUUAUUUCGUCCGAGCUUCCAUGACACAUAAAAUUUAAUCUAUAACGAAAGUGACCGCCCGCUUUGAUCACGCAUGUGCUAAUGAAGACACUCAGAAAGUAGGAACUGCGUGUUCAAUAAAUAUUGCACUGCAUACACGAUUUACCUGCUACAUGGCACAGAUGUAUAAAAGUCACUGCAUCUGGUACAGACAGUACCAUUCUGAACCAUUUGCCACAGCAAAUUCUUCCGUGCAAAGGCCUGUGCUUAUACAGAUCGUAGAUAAAGGCCAAACAGAGUUCAUACCGUACCAGUUUGCUCUCCUUAACCAGGAAGCGCACAAUGGUUAACAUCAAAACCGUCGGUAUGACUGACAAGCUCUUUGUGGUUCCCGUAUUUUUAGUUAGAUUGGGCGGAAUCCCAGUUAACAUGCAUAAAGUACCAAAACUUAAUUGCAUAUACAACGGAAUACUGGCGGUGUGUUAUUACGGUACGUACUUGUCCGUUAUAAUGGACUUCGUAAAUAAAAGAGAAGACAUUCAGGAGACCAUGAAGAACGUCCGGAUGAUUUUUGGAAUGGCUGUAGUUGCAUGGAUGCAUCUGUACCUAAGAUACAUUCGACGUGAUAUCGACUACUUGAUUCACCUUGCAGAAUCCUUCAAUUGGGAAAUACUGCCUACCAGAGAUCCUGAUUCCGAAAAUGUAACAAUGAACGAAUUUAUGUUUCGGGUUGGCCGUUUAACGAAAUUCGCAUGGGCAUUAACGAUUGUAUUUCAUGGGACCCAGUCAGCCCUACGAAUGCUAACCAGUCACUCAAUGGUCUUCACGACGUGGUAUCCUUUCGAUGCUUCGAUCAGCCCAAUCUAUGAGAUAGCCAAUUUAAAGCAGGGUCUCGCAUCUCUUCUCAUCAUAAGUUUAAGUACGGGCUUCCCAGGACUGUACGCUACGUUCAUAUGUGUGGCCUGCAGUCAGCUGGAGAAACUCAGAGCGACCAUACUGGAUAUGAGACAGACACGUGUCACAUCAGAACAGGACCGUGGGGCUGAGACCGACCAAGAGGAGACGCAGGGACAGGUUCGAACCUCUGAGGAAGUGUUCCAUCACAUGCAGAAACAACUGAACUACUGCAUUCGGCACCACCAACAGAUAAAACGGUACAUGACAGCACUAGAAGACACGAUGAACUUCAUGUUCUGCGGUCUUUUCCUGAUUUUGUUAGCUGCACUGUGUAUCAUCGCCUUCUCAGCCGUCACGAGCUGGGGAGACUUCACGGACGUCUCACAGGCCUUGGUCAUGUACGUCAUUCUUCUUUGCAAUGUAUUCGUGUUUUGCUGGCUUGGAAGUCAACUGUCGGAACAGGCUGAAAGUGUUAGAGACGCGGCCUGGGGGUGCGACUGGGUGGGGACUCCUGUCCCGUUCCAACGCUGUCUGAUCUUCAUCAUCGCCGCGGCCAACAAGGAGUUUACACUCACAGCUGGCAAGUUUGUUCCAGUCUCCAACAAGACCAUGAUGAAUAUGAUUAAUCAGACAAUGUCUUUCUUCAUGUUUCUUCUGCAUAUGAAAAGCAAGCACGAAGGAAAGGAGGAAAACUAGCAGCAGAGGAUUACAGCUAAAUUUUAUAAAGAAGAUGUCCGAUAUUUUGAUGCUUUUAAAUUCAUCAACUACGAUGAAUAAUAACGAGCAAUAUCUCAAUUCUUAUAAUUUAAAAUACAACGUGUCCAAAAGUACAUGUGAGUAAUGACAUAUUUUCAUAAAUAACCAUUCUCUGACAUUUUUUUAAGUUCUGUAUAACACAUCCACGCACUAAAGUGUAGUAUGAAUACUCAUAUUAGUUUAUCAACACGCUAAUUACAAAAAAAAUAACACAUCAAUUAUGCUCAUAAGUUUGUUUGCAUUAUGUUAAAUGCACGUGGAUGUAGUCAAAGUUAAACAUUAAAAAAACUUUUGUAACCACUUAUUCAGGUCUCCGACAUGCACAAUCAAGACGCUAUUUUAAAUGCAGAACCUGUUAAGUAUAAACAUUGCGAAUAGCCCACUUAUAAAUUAAAAUACUUUAAAUAAUGUUCGCUGUAAAGGCAAUAUGCAUAUACAUUUUGCUUUAGACUACGUAUUACUCUGUAUAACUACACGACUUUAACAGAUCAAGUACCUAUGAUGAAAUAAUAAAUCUACACAAUAAAGUCUUUGCUUCGUAUGCUCCCGUACGGAAUUUCAAGCGCCGAUUAUAUUAAUUUAAUUUUUUUAAUAUUAUCUUAACUCAAAAGAAAAAGAAAACAACAGAAAAACACACUCGUAAUAAAGUAGCGAGAAAGAAAGUAAGAAAAACGGAACAUCUUUCACUUGUGAAUUAUACUGACCUACUCAUGUGUAUCUGGGACAAAAGGCAGGAACAUAAGUGAAAUAAGUCAAUAAAUGUGUCUAAUUGUCCACGAUUCAAAUACAUUUAACACUGGAGAUGAAAACAGUAUGUUCCUCCGAAACGUCUGUACCUACAAGUCAACAAGGCGUCACUACGCAGAACAACGUCGACCAUUCUAAUGUUAAAUAAACUUCAUAGACAUCCAGUAACAAAAAUUUUCAAAUCUGAAUAUGCGUCUAAACUGAGUUUCAAUGUAUCUUAAUAAAAGUGAACUCACAUCGACUUAAACACAUUUUUGCUUCAAAAUUGUACCAUAAACUCC